GCGAUGAUAAAAGUCCCAUUCCGAUACCAUUAUCUCUGUCUAGUUUGUUUCUUCCAUGAGAUGGCAGGAGUUUGAUUCCACCUUUUUGAUUCGUUGAAAUAUGAUGCUUCCGGCAGUCUGUACAUCACAUGUGGAGGCAGCUCUAGAGAAAAACGAGGGUGCAUAGGUUAAAGGGGGGGGAAGAAUCUCUUCGACGAGUCCAUUGAUACUUUAUGCCAAUUGGAUGGUUACUAACACGGAUUGUUUAGUAGUCUAAUCACGACGAGGACACUCUGAGAGUGGAGCUCUGCAAGAGUUGUUAUUUAUCUCUACCAGUGAAGAAGGUAACAGUGCGCUCUCCCUCCCCCCAAUCACCGCAUUCUUGGCUAUUCUCAGGAUCCGGCAAAUGGCAUCGGGAAUUUCGGAGCUACCUUUUGCCUUCGGCUUUGGCCGUGUUUGCGCCGGACGCUAUGUAUCACGGCCACUACGAGUACGGGCAACAGUACGGGCAGCAGCCGUAUCAGUACGCGUACCCGCCGCCACCACCGCCGCCUCAGUACUGGAGCAAUGACUCCUACCAAUCUUCUCACCACAAUCAGCGCCAGCCUUCGCCACAUCCAACCCAACCUUCCCCGCACCAGCAGCCGUCGCCAUUAUCUCAGCCGUCACCGCAUGCAGCGCCGCGAUGGAUAGAGGAACCCGCUCCUGCGCCUCCACCUGGUCCUGAUUUUCUCAAGCUUGUGGAUUCGUAUCGUGUGAUUUUGGACGCGUUUGCACCGCAGGCUCCUCAACCGCAGAUGGAUAGGCUCUGCGAUGCUGCUUCCUCUGCUGCCGCGAUCCUGGGAGGUCCUGACGAAGAAGCACGGGAAAGAGAGCGCGAACGAGAGCGCGAACGUGAAGAGAGACGGUUGGAAGAAGAGCGAGAGCGAGAAAGGGAGCGCGAGCGCGAACGUGAGAGGGAACGGGAGCGGGAGCGAGAAAGAGAACAGGAGAGAGAACGAGAACGCGCAGAGCAGGAACGACUGCGUGCUGAGAAGGAACGCGAGGAACAGGAAAAGGCGAAGGUGAAAGAGGGUGUCGAUAAGAAGGAGGAUUCUGCGUCGACAGGUCAAGUUUGUCUCGGCUGUAAUGCUACGUCUACGCCUGAAUGGCGGCGAGGUCCCUUGGGGCCACGGACGCUCUGCAAUGCCUGUGGGUUGGUCUAUGCAAAGAUGAUCAAGAAACGUCUCAAGGCUAAUUCUGGUACCGCGGAUGCAUCCAGUGGUGACAGCAGCGGCGAGGGUGAAGAAGAAGAUGAGUUGGCGUAGGUCGAGUCUUGGGGUCUCCAGUGUUAUCUGCAUGUUUGUUUUCAAUGUCUGCGUUCCUUGCUUUCGAUUAUGCUUGUUGAACUUUGGACAGCUUGAAUCUAUCAUUCCUCAGGAACUUGCAUGCACUUAUUUGAUGGAAAUGACGUUAGGUAUCUCUUUCAUUGGGCGUGGUGUUAUGGAUCGCAUGUAUGAUAACACUGACGCCUUAUGUUGGCAAGUGCGUCUUUUCAGGCUUGACUCAGAGUCAACUGUCACUCCAUGAUGAAACUAUUGACUUUUGGUAGAACAUCCAGUUUUAACAUUGAGGUUUGUGUCCUCGUACACCUUCUGGGCCUUGAACAUAUCUCGUUCAUGACGUCGCACGUAAUCAACAAACAUGCAAACUCGGAC